GCUAUCGAUGCUAUAAGUAAGUUGAAAACAAAUCUUAUUUAGCAAAUUGGAGUUCAAAAUCCAGGGAAAACUCAACAAAAACACAAUCGACGGCUUGUUCACACACACGGCACCUAUGGGCAGUGGGAUUGUGGUGCAAUUGGCUCGAAAGUACGGCGCAGUGAUAUUCUUUCCCACUGUUGCAGUAGGAUCGAUUUACGCAGAUUGGUCGCACACCCGCGAGUGGAAACGCCAGCAGCUCCAGUUGGCACACAGCGCACACCUGAAGAAUCAGCGCUAG